CGGUUACUCAAAUGUGAAGACGAAACGCCGACGGAAGUGUUGCUCAGUUUUCCGUUGUUCAAUAGAAAGAAAAUAUUCCGGUAAAACAGAAAAUACACCCAGUCUCGGUGGAAGCGAUGGCUGGACCUGUCAGUUUGGAGCUGGAUCCCAUCUUCCUAAAAGGACUGAGUUAUCUACAUUCCAAGAGCAAAGAUUCAGCUGAGAAGCUCAAAGCUCUACUUGAUGAGUCCCUUGCUAGAGGCAGCGAUUCCUCUUAUCGCUCUUCACAAAAAGAGGUGGAAGUGUCAAAGGCAUCCGUGUCAAAGCUGAGUUUAAGUAAAGAGCCCAAGUCUUCAAGUUCUUCUUCUGGCAGCAGCGGUGGAAGUAGUAAAUCCAGCUCAGAGAAAGGCAAGAAAGAAGGCGAGAAGAGGUCAUCGGAGAAGGCCAGGGUUGACGUGAGCGAAGUGGACCCCCCCAAAAAGCCUCGUUUAGAGAAACAAGAGAACCGCUCCUCUCCAAUCACAUUUCAGACGAGCAAAGACCUCCUACCAAACAUAAACGACUACGACGAGACAAACGCUGACGACUUUGCCAUGGAAAUGGGUCUGGCCUGCGUGGUUUGCAGACAAAUGACGGUGACCAUGGGAAACCAGUUGGUGGAGUGCCAAGAGUGUCAUAAUCUCUACCACCAGGACUGCCACAAACCUCAAGUGACUGAUAAGGAAGUGAAUGACCCACGGCUUGUGUGGUAUUGUGCCCGUUGCACCAGGCAAAUGAAACGGAUGGCUCAGAAGCCUCCUCAGAAACCAUCCCCUGCAUCUGCAUCUUCAGCACCGGUUGUUAAAGACCCGCUGGUGAAAAAGACAGAGCUGAAGGCUAAAACCGAUACAACCAGCACCUUCCAGGCCUUCAAGAGGACAGAAGUGAAGGUGUGUCCACCUGCCACUUUAGCCAACCCCACCAACAGCGGCGCCUCGUCCUCGGGCAGCGGCCUCACAGGCUGGGCCGCGUUUGGAGCCAAAACCAACCCAUCCCUUCCUGCUACCUCCAAACUGGCUUCCUCAGGCCCGAGUGGGAGCAGCAAGAGCAUGGCAGCUCCCGCUCAGAAACCUGCCGGGCUGCCAGGGCUCACUGGAGCCAAGUCAGGACUCGGUAGUGCAAAAGCUGCUGGGAACAACAACGGAAAUGGCUCCAGUCAGGUAACUCUGAAACCUCCUCCACCUUUGACCCUGGGUAAGCAGUCGCUCAACCGUUCAUCGAGCGGCGACAACCAGGGGAAAGGCUCUGUGUCAACUGGCGCCGGUUCUCCGGGUAGCUCCCAGACCGGAGGGAACGGAGGAAGCAACGGAGGGGGCAAUGGGAACAACGGGAAUGGGUCAAAGGCUGCGCCGGCGGACAAAGCACCGACUUCUCAAGAGUCCCAGCUGAACGCCAUGAAACGUUUGCAGCUGGUCAAGAAGAAAGCUGCACAGAAGAAACUUAAGAAAUGACCAAAUAAGGAGGAGGAAGUGAGCAUACGUAAGAGGAAUCGGUGCCAGAAGGCGUCUUCACAUGGAGCAGCAUCAUCCAGUCCAAUACUUGAACAUUUGUUUUCUUUGUGUAAAGGCUGCUGGACUCUGUGCCUCUUUUCUCCGUACAAGCUUUACCAGUGGAAGAAGUGUCACUUUUAUCAAUCCUGUCAUGAAAUAUUCUCUUCUUACACAGAAACCAGCAUGUGAGUCGAUACAUCCCAAAAGAACAGUCACAUCACAAAAGUUGAGUUUAUUGAUGAUGUAACCGAUAGACAUUUGUCAGGAUAAAUACAGAAUAAACGUAUGUUUUUAUAGAAAACUUUUAUAUAAA